GUUCCCUGUAGGAAUAUAGGAUACCUGAUGGCAGCUGUAGGUGAAAAGCAUUCGCUGACCCAAGAACGCAUUUGAAUUCACUUCUGGAUCCUAAUCAAUCGAGUGGGGAUUUGAGGGAACCAGAUCUCCUGUUCAUCUGAGUGGAUCGGGGGUCUCGAGAUCGUAGCCAUGCCCGUGGCAGCUUCCGCUAUUUACUUCCUCAAUCUUCGCGGCGAUGUCCUCAUUAAUCGUCUCUAUCGUGAUGAUGUCGGAGGCAACAUGGUGGAUGCUUUCCGAGUGCAUAUAAUGCAAACAAAGGAACUUGGCACUUGUCCUGUGCGGCAGAUUGGGGGCUGCUCUUUCUUUUACAUGAGAAUUAGCAAUGUUUACAUCGUGAUUGUUGUAAGCAGCAACGCAAAUGUUGCUUGUGCAUUCAAGUUUGUUGUUGAGGCAGUCACGCUAUUUAAAUCUUACUUUGGCGGGGCUUUCGAUGAGGAUGCUAUCCGCAAUAAUUUCGUUUUGAUAUAUGAACUGUUAGAUGAAAUCAUGGAUUUUGGGUACCCUCAAAAUCUUUCUCCCGAAAUUUUGAAGCUUUACAUAACUCAAGAAGGUGUACGCUCUCCAUUUUCAUCUAAGGCUGCUGACAAACCAGUUCCAAAUGCGACUUUACAAGUGACCGGUGCUGUUGGCUGGCGAAGGGAAGGUCUUGUCUAUAAGAAAAAUGAGGUUUUUCUUGAUAUUGUGGAAAGUGUCAAUCUUCUUAUGUCUUCAAAAGGUAGUGUUCUACGUUGCGAUGUCACUGGGAAGAUUCUUAUGAAGUGUUUCCUUUCUGGAAUGCCUGAUUUGAAGUUGGGAUUGAAUGAUAAAAUUGGACUUGAGAAAGAGUCACAGCUUAAAUCCCGUCCAGCUAAGAGUGGAAAAACAAUUGAGCUUGAUGAUGUCACUUUCCAUCAAUGUGUAAACCUUACAAGAUUCAAUUCAGAAAAGACCGUCAGUUUUGUUCCUCCAGAUGGUGAAUUUGAAUUGAUGAAGUAUCGUAUAACUGAGGGAGUUAAUCUUCCAUUUCGGGUUUUGCCAACUAUCAAGGAAUUGGGUCGAACACGUAUGGAAGUGAAUGUAAAGGUGAAGAGUGUUUUUGGGGCAAAAAUGUUUGCGCUUGGAGUGGUUGUCAAGAUUCCAGUACCAAAGCAAACAGCUAAAACAAGUUUUCAGGUUACAUCAGGCCGAGCGAAGUACAAUCCUUCUAUUGACUGCUUGGUUUGGAAGAUUAGAAAAUUUCCUGGGCAAACUGAGCCAACGUUGAGUGCUGAAGUAGAGCUAAUAUCCACAAUUACGGAAAAAAAGUCUUGGACUCGGCCUCCAAUUCAGAUGGAAUUUCAGGUUCCUAUGUUUACAGCAUCUGGAUUGCGUGUUCGUUUCCUCAAGGUAUGGGAAAAGAGUGGAUACAACACCGUCGAAUGGGUUCGUUACAUUACAAAAGCCGGUUCAUAUGAAAUUAGGUGCUGAAAUAAAUAAAAAGAGUGAUGAAGUUUUAUGAAUGGCCUGUGUAUGGAGAACAUGAAACACAAGUAAUUGUCUUCCAAUCUUCCAUCUACACAACCCCAUUUGGCCCCAACUCGAUGCAGCUUCUCCUUCUGCAUGAUGUACUCUCCAAGGUAAAAAGGUUUAUUUGCUGAUAGAAAGAACGUACAAAAUAUGAUUUAAGGUCAACGUUGUUCAUGGCAUGCUAUCAGUAGACACCAUUAGUUUUGACAUUCGUGUUCAGAUUUUGUUGUAUAGAGUAGGGCUCUGAUUAGGGCUGCAGUAUGAGCAUUAUUACAUUCUUUUCUAUUACAUUGCCGCAAUCCGCUCAUCGCUGAUUUUCAGAUUGUGUAAAAUCAAUGUAUUUUCUGGGAGUUGAAGAUUUUCUUGGAUUAUUGUAACUGCGGGAUAUCUGCAUCUGUGUCGCCCGUUGUGGUUCCAUUGUUUGUGGCAAAAACGUAGUAUAUUGAUUUCAAUGUUUCUCUUCUUUGC